GCAAAACGAGCAUCUUAUGGCAGUUUGGCAACCGCCGAGACACGCGACAAAGAUGGCAGUUAUUUAAACCACCAUAAGGCCGUCUAAAUAAUAUCAUACAUAACUUUGAGACAAGCUACACGGCUACACAGGCUUUAUGGCAUUUUGAAUACGCACCAUGAAUGUAAACUAGCUUCACCAAGAAAGACAUUUUCGCAAAACAUUGCACAAGAAUUCCUAUUUUUUUGCUUGAGAUAUCUUAUCUACAGGCCUAUAAUUGGUGGCUUUAGCCGUUGUAUUGGGUCUAAUGUAAAACCUUUAUGGACAAAGUCCGCCAAGCUGGGUUUUAUUUAGAAAAAUGUUACUACCGGUCCACAGCCUGUGAUUCAGACUUGACUCUGCUGUCUGUCUGGAUUCAUUAACUGUUAUGGAUUCCUGUCAGGGAAGUGUGUGUCACCCACUCCAGACAUGAUUUCGGGGUCAUUUUACGCGUUGUUAGCGGGGUGUUUGGGUGCCGCUGCCUCUUUGUGUGCCAAGCUGUCAGUCGGUGCGGACUACCUGAAGGAGAUGUGUGAGGCAGCGCUGACAGAAGCCGCAACCUGCUGUACCUGGCUCCACAUCCCCCUGCGGCUGGUGUGUGGAGGCCUGCUGUUCACCUGCAAUGCUGUCAUGUGGACCUUCUUCUCCAAGGCUCUCCGGCACUGCUCCUCAUCAGCCAGGGCCACCGUCACCACCACCGCAUCCAACUUCAUCUCCUCAGCUGUACUGGGGAGGGUGAUUUUUGGAGAGACCCAUGCAGUUCUAUGGUGGGUGGGCAUCUCUCUCACUCUGUGUGGGCUGCUGGUGCUUCAUGGAUCCACACCUCAGACCCUGCCACAGGAGGAGGGCAGAAAGGACAAGUAAUGUAGCUUUGGCUGAUCACAAGCGUGCAGACGCUGCUCCUCAGUCACAACAACCUGUGGUACAGCUUCCUCUGGGCCUCCUUCUCAGGCACCGAAAAGGAAGAAAUGUUGCUGAUAAAAAGAGGUAAAUCAGUGUCUUAAGUGCAAUUAAAACAGUGGUUGUGUUGCACAACCCUCUACCUGUUGAACAGUUUUCUCCUGAAUUCCAUGAAUAAUGAUGAGCUUUAUUAAUACAGUACAGUCAGUGUCGCACAAUAAGUUUGGUGGCUAUUUUGAAGUUUUUUUACUUGACGUGGACCUUUUACUUUUGAAACUUUGAAGAGGAGUGUGCUGUUGCUACUUCACCAGCAAGCUGGAUGCUCAAGUAACAAAGGAACAAAUGUGAAAAAGCUGAACAUGCUGGUGAAAUAAAGAUUGUUUGAGUCAA